GGAAGGGAGGCGGUUCCCGACGUCGGAUCGAGAGCGAAGGGCUCUUCUUCUUCUUCUUCCCUUUGCCUCGCGGGUGGAAUUCCAGAAUGACUUCUACCACUGACAUUGUUCAGAAUUAUCAAAGCAUGUUUGCUUAUCGAUAUACUGUAGAGGAUAAGGAAUAUCAAAAAUACCUCCAGUGCUCUGCUGAUUCACCUCCUAUAGUUGAAGACUGGAUGAACAGAGAACCAAGUGUGCCUUCUGUGUCUGAGAUCCUCCAGAAUUACGAAAAUAAGUUUGCACAUCGAUUCACUUCAGAAGAUGAGGAGUACCAGAAGUAUGCUCAACGCCCUGCUGAUCCACCUCCCUUACUAGAAGAUUGGCGAAACAGAUCGGGUGGUAACCAGCGAUACAGAGAUCGAUUUAGAGACAGCAGGCAAUUCCGAAGCAGGGGAAACAGAUAUGACCAGCCAGGAGGGUACAGAUCUGAUCAGUGGCACGAAAAACCCUGGGGCAGCAACUACCAGCAGCCCCAACAAGGACACCCUUCCUUCCCUCAACACAGCUGGCCGCAGCACGGCUACGGAUCACAUUCCCAGGGGCUGCCGUACGGCCGUUACUAGCAUGCAGGCUUGCAUCGGCAUUUCAGUGUACCAGGGAGCAGGUGCAGGGUUGCAACGGGCACGUCCAUUUUACUCCGUUUCAAACGUUCAUACAUCAUGUAGAAACCUUUAUGUAUUUAUAUGCGAUACGUUUGACGAAGGAGACAGAGAUGGUGACGUCGAAGUGUAACAGCUAAAUUGUGAGUUUGCUACUCCGCUGUUUUUUAUCUUGACACAUAUAAUUUGCUAAAAAGGAAAUGGGGCUGUCAGGAGAAUCUGACUUUUGC